GUCUUUAUAUACUGUGUAUAUGUAUGUGUUCUACCUUGUACAGCUUUUGGGUGUUGUUGCUUUUGGCUACAUUCUGACAGUGGGACAAAAUAACUGAUUUUCUUUUUUUGGGUGGGGAGAAAAAGAAACAUUUUCAAGGAUGAAAUCGACAGCGUAUCGAGAGACUCAAAGGACGCGAAAUGCAAACAGAGGCAGCGUGUGCAGUGUAGAGGAAGAGACUUUCUGCCGGCCCAUUGAAUAGCAUUUAGAGAACGCGAUAGCUGCACCCUUCCCCCACCCCCGUUCAAAACCAGGCCCUGUCAUUGCCCCUGGACUCUGCCUGGAACCAUCCAUCCACCCAUCCACCCAGCCAUGGAGCUGGUCCCCAAAACCAAGUACAGUCACUUCAGGAGCGAGUCCCUGAGCUCGACGGAGGAGAGCAAUCCCGCCUCGGCCCCCCUCACCCCUCUCACCCCUCCGGGCAUCCCCUCCUCUCUCUCGUCCUCCUCCCUCACCCCCAUCCUCCCACCCACCUCCCCGCGACAGGCCGAGAACAGCCCCACCACCCUCUGCUCCUUCUUCCCCAGGAUGGGGGCCCUUCGCCUGGGUGUCUCAGCCAGCCUGCUCCCCGGCCUCAAGGGCUCCUCCAGCCGGCCCGUGUCCGGCGAGGCCCAGGCCGUGGCUGGGGUGCCGUCGUCGUCAUCCGCCCCUGAUCUUCCAGGGGCGUCUGCAUCAUCGGCUACCCAGGGCAGAGAGGUGCGGGCCAGGGAGAGGGCCGUAGAGCUCCCCCUGGCCCCCCUGGGUCCUCUGGGUCUGGGGCUCCCCGUGCUGCCGCUGCUAACCACCCCCUCUCCGCAGGACAUGAACCGGCUGGGGGGAGCGUCGCGGCGCGUGCGCGUGGAGGGCGGUCAGCUGGGCGGCGACGAGUGGACGCGGCACGGCUCCUUCGUCAACAAGCCGCAGCGAGGGUGGCUGCACGCAGACAACGUGGUCAGCACCAGCGGCGUCUGCUACAAAGUCAGGUAUAUGGGCUGUGUGGAAGUGCUGCAGUCCAUGAGAGCCCUGGACUUCACCACCAGAACUCAGGUCACCAGGGAGGCAAUAUCUGUGGUGUGUGAAGCCGUACCAGGUGCCAAAGGAGCUCAGAGGAGGAGAAAGGUACAGCCCACCACGCGGUGCUUGUCCUCCAUCUUGGGGAAGAGCAACCUGCAGUUUGCAGGGAUGACAAUCAGCCUCACUGUCUCCACCAGCAGCCUCAACCUCCUGGCAGCCGACUGCAAGCAGAUUAUUGCCAACCAUCACAUGCAGUCCAUCUCUUUUGCGUCUGGAGGAGACCCAGACACGGCUGAAUAUGUAGCCUAUGUAGCUAAAGACCCAGUCAACCAGAGAGCAUGUCACAUCCUGGAGUGCUCGGAGGGUCUUGCGCAGGAGGUCAUCAGCACCAUCGGACAGGCCUUUGAGCUGCGCUUCAAGCAGUACCUGAAGAACCCACCCAAACUCGUCACGCCACAUGACAGGAUGGCCCCGUUCGAUGGCUCUGCGUGGGAGGAGGAGGAUGAGGAGGUGGCUCCGCCUCCUGACGUGCCGUACUACAACAACUUCCCCGGGAAGCAGCCACCCCCUGGAGGCCUGGUGGACAUGCGCACGCGGCCCGGACACAGCACCGGGGCCACACUGCCGUAUGUGCAGAACGACAUACACAAGCAGCCGCUGCCUCCGCUCCCAGUUGGGGUAAAAGAAGGCGGGCGUGAGAUGUUUGAUGACCCCUCCUACGUCAAUGUGGACAAGACCCGCCCCCCAACCUCAUCAGCCAAUGGCAAUGCACACAGAGAUGCAUUCGAUAUGAAGCCGUUUGAUGACGCGCUGGGCAUGGGCGGCCCCGGGGGCUCGGCGGGGUCGGGGGCGUUGCCCCUGGCCGAGCAGCUGCAGAGUGAGUCCUGGUUCCACGGGCCGCUGAGCAGGCGGCAGGCAGAGAGGCUGCUCACGCGCGACGGGGACUUCCUGGUGCGCGAGUCCGGCACCACGCCGGGCCAGUACGUGCUGACCGGACAGCAGGGCGGACAGCCCAAACACCUGCUGCUCGUCGACCCCGAGGGAGUGGUGCGGACUAAAGACCACCGUUUUGAGAGCGUCAGCCACCUGAUCAGCUACCACAUGGACAACCGGCUGCCCAUCGUGUCGGCAGGAAGUGAGGUGUGCCUGCAGCAGCCAGUGGAACGCCGGCUCUGAGCGCCCAGGGGUCCCGCCCCUCACCACUCGCCGCCCAAUGAAGACGGCCAGCCCAACUCCCUCUAGCCAACCAGACGGUGGUGCUGAUGAAGCCACCAAUGCCCUGUCCGCUCGACUUCUUCUCCCUCAAGUCCUUCUCCGUCUCAUCUUAACACCCCUUCGACUAGACUGUUGGUGGAAACACUCCAUAUUUUUUUUAAAGGAAGGAGGUUGAACUUUGUGGGGUCGAGGAUCAAAGGUGGGAAUCAUUCUAAAAGCGAUGCAGUCAUAUUUACUGAGGAGACACCACGAGGGAUGGUCAUCACCAAUGGAGUCCAACGUGUCUCCAAAACAUAAGAAGCAGAGUGGCCAAAAUACACAAUGUGUGACUAUGUCUGACGACACAACGUUAGAGGGGAGUCUUUGCAUACAUUAACCAUAAGGACCUACAGUCUAAAAUUUCCAAAGAGGACAUUUCUGUGAAAAAGAAAAAGAACACAACAAAAAUGUUAACAAAAAUAACAUUUGAUAGCCAAUCCACAACUCCAAAGACUUGUCAGAUGUGAUGACAUAAACUGCUGUUUUUUUCUGCAAUGUUUUUUUUUAAAUACAGAUUUUCAAAGACAAAGAAACAAACAAACAAAAAAGGUGUAAAUCCAAGUCUAUGGAACACAGCAAGCCAUCCGCCACUGUUGAUGUCAACGCCCACUAAAAAGGAAUAUGCAUAAUGUUUUUAUACGCAGUAGAAUUAGAGGACAUUCACCAUCAUAUCACAUGCCCAUGGUCCUUCAAGCUAACGCAGCUCUGUGAGAUCUGCACCUGGCCAAAACACCCAUCGCAAAAGCAAGACUGUUAAAAGAAAACGAUCUUCACUUGUUCUCCUGGUGGAAAGACAAUCCCUUGUUAGGAACCUUCAUAUAGUCCCAACUGAAAUCUGCUGUGUGCUACAACGGAUUAUGCCAUUAUUAUUAUUAUUAUAAGACAGAGCGAUGCCAAGCAUAAGCUCCCCCAUACAGUAUGCAAACUGAGGGAGCUCGCGCGUGUUUUCAUGUGUGUGUGUUUGUGUGUGUGUGUGUGUGUGUGUGUGUGUUUUUUAUUUUAUUUCCGAUGGCUUUUUAAAAAAAAGAUAUUAUUGUUGGUCGUUAAUGCCAUGAUACCUUUGCUAAAAUGAAUGACAAAAAAAGGGAUUUGUGAGAGGAACUCUAUGGUAUGUACUUCUUCAUGGGGUGGACUGUGCACUGGCCUGGGGAACGACGGGACGGACAGGAUGGAGAAAUUCCCAUCAACCCACCAGCUUCCCUCCUCCUCCUACUCCUCCUCCUCUUCCUCCUCCCUUCUCAUGUUGCCCUCUCAUCCUUCCAGGGAUGCCUGAUUCUACCCAUUUCCUGGUUUAGGAGCCACUUAGGCGGCUGAUGAGAUGCUGGGUCUAAAUGAUGGUUUGUGCUGUGUGCCACCAGUCUACCUGUCCUGAACUCCCAGCCCCUACUACCACCACCGCCACCACCACUCUGCCAAAAGCAGGGAGGGCACAGAUGCCUGGGGGGUGGGGGAGUUGGGUUGACUGGCUGCCGUGAUGCAGGCUGAGCACCUCUGGAGGAUGGCACACACUGGUCAGACUGGACGAUUAUUGAGCAAGGGCCAUCAAAGGGAGGAAUGUGACUGCUGAGAUGAGGAGGCAAGACCAAGGUAGAGUGAGACUUAAAAAAAACUGUACUGUUCUGAGUCUGCACCAAUCAAAUCUCUGCAUGGGCCUGAUCUGUAUGAUGUCACCUUAAAGGGAAAAAAAAUCACCAUCUGUACAGUGAUGUCAUGUGGAAGCGCCUCAAAAGCAGUAGAUUUGAGAAAACAAAACAAAGAAAAAAAGAUUUGAGAACUUGUCAGAGAAGCCACAUCACCUUCGUUUCAUUGGUGAUGGUAAUUCCAUUGUUUUGCUUUCCUUUUUGUUGUUGUUUUCCAGCACCGACAAUCUGUGUACAUAGAAUGCAUGUAAGUAUGUUUUAGGGAAAAUAUGAAGAGACUCCACUAAAAAAUUCAUACACGUGUAGCUGCAGCCAUGUUUGCUUUUCACUAUAGCACCUGAGUAUUAUCAAAUGCACAUGUUUUAGUAAUGAAAUGUACGGUUGCACCCUGCAUCGCACCACUGCUUAGCUGGAAAGAAGAGGAUUUUAAACUUCAGGUGGAAUUUAGUGUGUGUGCGUGUGUGUGUGCGUGUGUGUGAGCAUGAGUGUGUGUGUGUGUGUGUGUGUGUGUGUGUGUGUGUGUGUGUGUGUGUGUGUGUGUGUGUGUGUGUGUGUGUGUGUGUGUGUGUGUGUGUGUGUGUGUGUGUGUGUGAGCAUGAGUGGGUGUGGGUGUGGGUGUGGGUAUGUGUGUGCGUGUGUGAGGAUGGGUGUUUUUGUGGGUGUGCUGUGCCUGUGGAGAAGACGCAACAGUGACUGCUGUGCGCUCUCUUUUCCUCCCUGCUUUGCUUGUUUUACUUUUUUUAUCCCUCUCUCUCUCUCUCUCUCUCUCUCUCUCUCUCUCUCUCUCUCUCUCUCUCUCUCUCACUCACUCAGAUUGUGCCUUUAUUUUUAGAGGAAACUGUGGGUUGUGGCGACAGUGCAGUGUGCAGUAAAUCAGACAGACAAAAACUGAACCGAGCAAAAGAAACGGAUGGAAAAUAAAUAAAUAAAUAAAAACAAAAACAAUUGUUGCAUAUCCAGGUUACAUUCAGGUGUCGGUAAUACUAACUUACCCCAAAUUCCAAUCUCCUCCUUUAAACAUUUGUGUUUUUUUGUACAGUGCUGAUCUGUAAUUCUUAAGAGAAAAAAAAAUAUUAAAAAGGAAUGCUGCUCAUGAACCAUCUUAAAACAUGCGUGUGCAUAUGGAGAUCGAUGUGGCUUUAGUGAUCCUCUUGUUAGUGUCGGUAGCAAUCUCAUGCUCUGUUAUACAUGGGUUCUAAAUUUAUGUUUUCCCCUGACUGCGCGAAACUACCUGCGCCCAACUCAACCUCUGAUUGUUGGAAACCGCUGUCGGUCAAAAAAAUAGCUUGGCCCUCCUCACAACAUUGUGUUGAUAAACACGGUGAACCCAUGUAUAAAAAGCCUUUUCACAAGCAGAUGGAGUCAGAGUGAUGGUCAACGGAGCCAGUCACUUAAGGCCGAGCUGCCAUCUAGUCACUCCACAACACAAGCAGCUUUUAAAGAGUACCAUUGGCAGACUGCUUUAUUUGACAAAUAAACACUUCCGAAACAGUGCUUUAGCUGUGAAUAAGCUAAGCUUGGACCUCCACAAGCUUUCAAAGCCUUAAUUUUGCUUAAUCAGAUUUGGACAGUUCAACUGAAUACUAACUACGAAACAAAUAAAUUAUUGAGACUACCAGUUUCACAGAAGAUUCUGUGUGAAGCCCCAAAAUAGUGCCAUUGCAUUUAGUCUCGUAACUCUUUAAAAAAAAAAAUGCUUGGUGAUGUGGUGUCAAGACACACUCUCCCUCUUAUGUCAUUGGUCAAAAUCUUUUGACCGUAACCAUGACAAUCAUGAUGUCACAAUUGGCAUGCAGCCAUCAGCAGUAAUGUGUCAAUGUAGUGUAGCUGACUUAGGUGUAUUACUGUAUGGAUAGCCAUAAUUGUAGUGUCUGUACUUGACGUGACAGACUCUUGCCUCUUGCACAGGAAAAAAAAAACAAUUUGUUGUUUUUAUUUCUUUCAUUUUGGAAUGCCAAUAUUUUUCAUUUUUUUCUUCGUCUUCUUUCAUCAAAAGACGUAAUUACUCUUUGCUCCGGUUUUGGUCACAGAUGUAUUUUUGCGAUUUACGAGUUGUUAUUAAGGGGGCCUAGAAAGGAGCAAGUCGGUGCCUUGCAGGAAUGGACUGGUGGUCAGACGUAGAAAUGGAAACAGACCAUCGAUCCUCUCAGACUUAAGACUAGAUUAAGCACGAAUGAUGAUGAUGAUGAUGAUGAUGAUGAUGAUGGGGGGGGGGGGGGGGUCAUCCUGUCACAGAGGCCUUCAUUGCAUGGAAAUGAUUCAGUGUUGUCGUGGUGAUUAUGAUGAUGAUGAUGGUGUUAUUUGGUGAUGUUUGAUGUAAUUUUUUUUUGUUGAUUGGUUGUUUCUUUGUUUCUUUCUCAUUUCCAAACCAAAGGUUACUUUUUCAGUUAGUACAAAUAUUUCUUUUUAAAAAAAAAAAAAAUCUGUUUUACUAUCCUUUUUACAUUCUUGUGUUUGGGGAAAGCGUUCAUGUUUACACUUGUAUCUGGAAAUAUAAAAUCACAUAUAUCCACCACUCUUCAUGGUGCACUUGCUAUUGAAUAUAGUUUCUUGUAUUAUA